AUGCGUACCUCCAUUCUUUUCGCUACCCUCUCGGCUUUUGCCCUGACCUCCGGUGUCGUCGCCGAGACCUCUUCUGAGUCCACUGUCAACUACCUCACGGAGACCAACUCCCUCGGUGUUGUUACUGGCCAGCCCUCGGUCGUCACCAGCCAGCCCUCUGCUGCCACUUCUCAGGAGGCUGCUGCCUCAAUCCCUGCUGGCUUGACUGCACCAGUGGUCACUGCUGCGACUGGCAGCUUCACCAGCUCCGUCCGUAGCAGCACUCCUCUCACCUCUACCAGCUCUGGCUCCACCGCCACUGGCACUUCCACCAAGUCCUCUACCUCCAGUGACUCCAGCGACUCCAGCUCGUCCGCCACUGGCUCCUCCACCUCCACCUCCACUGGCGGCGCUGCUUUCGCCACCGCCGGCAUGGGUCUCGCUGCUGGUGCUGCUAUCCUUGCUUUCCUGUAA